CGCUAGGAAAUUGAUUAGACAAGGCGUUCGGACUCGUAAUCACUAAUAUAGCCUGGUUCCCGAGGCCUUCCGAUGUUCAAAAAAAUGCCUCGGGAAUCAGCAUAUGCUCAAUAUAGCUUUGUCCUGCGGAAGUAGUUAUGCGCAUAUGCAGAAAGUAUCAUGAAAUGGUCUUACUGUGGAAGGUAAAAGUGAAAGUACAAUUUCCAGUUGAUAGUGAUCGCAGUUUUUUCUGUUGUGGUGGUGAUUUCCCCAUUAGUAGCACUAACGAAGGACCAACAGUUUAAAAUAAAAUCUUUCGGAGUGUAUUUAUGCCAGCCAGAAUCAAAUCGAAACUACAUUAGCGCUCCCUAGCGGUAAUAUUCUUUACGAGACUCUCUGCUCGUCUGAGAUUUGCGUAGACAGGCGAGCGUCUGGGAAUACACCGCAAAUUGGGGCGAACCGUCCUAGUGCGAAUCGUCUUAGUACGAAACGUCUUUUGGGGCGAAACGUCCCGCUACCGCGUCUGGUGGACCUAAACUAUUCGCACCAUGAUCACUGCGCAUGUGUUAGUAUUCAAUAUAAACAUUGGACCACGUUAUUGACAUUAUAUUAUGCUGUUAUACUGUCGGACACUCGAGGAAUUUUGUGAAUCUUUAUAACAAAACGGAAUGGGUCUAUUGUCCGAAGGCUCCCCUCUAGAAUGGUCAGAAACAAAAGCAAACGCUGAUCAUGUGCGGAAACAUGGCAUCAGACAGUUCAUUAAUCUGUACCACAAACUUCAGGACCGGACCAAAGAUGUGCUAUACUGGGGAGACGAGGUUGAGUACAUGCUGGUUAAAGUGGACAAGGAGAAGAAGAAAUCCCAGUUGGCUCUUUACGCUGAACCGAUCCUGAAGGAGUUACAAAAAGAAGAGCUCAUCAAUCCUAAGAACCAUCCGACAACAUGGCGUCCGGAGUAUGCGAAUUACAUGGUGGAGGGGACCCCUGGGAAACCAUACGGGGGAAUGAUGGCACACUUCAACGUCGUCGAAUCCAACAUGAGGCUCAGGAGGGAAGAGAUUCAGAAGUGGUGCGGUAAGGACAUUGUCCCACUGUCUCUGACCACCUACCCAAGAACGGGGUGUCCUGGAUUCACUGAACCGGAACAUACACCCACGCCUACCGGUGGAGCAUCAAUGUCACUCUUCUAUCCCGAUGAAACAAUUUUUCCAGGACAUCCACGAUUUAAAACAUUAACUAGGAAUAUAAGGCAGAGAAGAAACAAAAAAGUAGCAGUCAACAUUCCAGUUUACAAGGACAAGAAUACCAAGACACCUUACCUGGAUGAUUUCCCAGCCCUGAACGGGGCCAAGUCUGACCCGGACCAUGAGUCCGUGAUGGGUGCCAUGCCUGAUCACAUCUACAUGGACUGUAUGGGGUUUGGUAUGGGGUGUAGCUGUCUCCAAGUCACCUUCCAGGCCUGUAACAUCACCGAAGCCAGGAAACUUUACGACGAAUUGACACCCUUGUGUCCCAUCAUGCUGGCCCUCAGUGCAGCAGGUCCCAUUUAUCGUGGUUAUUUAGCUGACAUUGAUGCGAGGUGGACAGUCAUAUCACAAUCAGUGGAUGACAGGACGGAUGAGGAAAGGGGUGAAAAACCUUUGAAAGAAAACAAGUUUGUGAUCAACAAAUCCCGCUAUGACUCUAUAGACAGUUAUCUGUCGCCAUGUUACCGAUGUAAUAACGACAUUGACCUCGUAUACGACCACGAUAUAUACAAGGAACUCAUCGAAGCAAAUGUGGAUGAGCCACUCUCCAAACACAUAGCUCAUUUGUUUAUUCGUGAUCCCAUUUCGCUGUUCAGUGAGAAACUCCACCAAGACGAUGAACGUGACACAGACCACUUUGAGAAUAUCCAGUCCACCAACUGGCAGACAAUGAGGUUCAAACCUCCGCCACCAAACAGCAAUAUUGGAUGGAGAGUCGAGUUUCGACCCAUGGAGGUCCAGUUGUCAGACUUUGAGAAUGCUGCCUACACAGUAUUUAUAGUCUUGCUGACCAGGGUCAUCCUGACGUAUGGAUUGAGUUUUGUUAUUCCUAUAUCUAAGGUCGAUGAGAACAUGAAAACGGCUCAUCAUAGGGAUGCUGUGCUCAACGAAAAAUUCCACUUUCGCAAGGAAAUCUUUACAGACUGCACCCCGGAAGAGUUCACCAAGUGUAUGCCUGAAUUUUGUGCCGAGUCAAAGUGUUCCAAGAAAGUAGAGGACCAAUAUAAGGAAAUGACGAUAGACGAGAUCAUCAACGGAAGUGCCGACUUCGCUGGCAUGAUUCCACUGAUUAAUGGCUACCUGAACAGCAUGGAGGACCAAGAUUUGGAUGUAGAUACCAGAUGCACUAUAUCCAACUACCUCAACUUGAUAUCUCAUCGAGCCUCAGGUCAGUCCGAGACAACAGCAAACUGGAUGAGGAACUUUGUCUUGAAUCACAAAGACUAUAAACACGACUCAGUGGUGUCCGAUGUGAUCAAUCAUGACCUGAUGCUGGCGUGUAUUGACCGCAGCAAGUGCUGCAUGUCCACCACUAAGACUAACCUCACAAUACCCGAGGCCCUCAUCAAGUCCGAGAACUAUCUGAAUAAGAAGAACCCGCACACUUACACCAACACUUUGCGAGGGGAUGUCAUGAAUGGUGGGGUUGGUGAAUAAACUUGUCACAAAGACAGAAUAACGACUUAUUUUUAACAAAUAUUACCGGGAAUUUGAUUUGAUAUUAAGGAUAAUUGGUUUAAUCAGGGUAGUGAUUUGUGCCAUGGACUGUGAUCAAGCAUGCUCAGAGCAUCAUCAUUUAAUUCAUUUUAUUAACAUGAUUAAUGUUGUACAAUGUGUAUUUUAUUGAUGCAGGCAUAAAACAAAUAUCAUAAAGUGCUAAAAUUAAAGAUUUAUCUCAUAAUGAA